CCAUCUGAUCUGAGAACAGUGUGGCUCUCUGUGAUAUAACUGUUUUGGUAUAGGUUAGUGGCUGUGAGAGCUUGUCUGAAACCAGUUGUGAGGAUUUUAUAUCAAAAGGAAACCAUUUGUAUCAGGCUACACACAGAGGAGAGAGAGGCAGCCUAUAGGACAGAAAAUGAUUGGCCACUGUGCAUUAAAAGAAAUGAUGAACAGACCAAACUGAACACUAAACUUACACAUUCACCACAGAAGAGCAACUCCACUACAGAUCAUCCAAACAGCAUUAUCCAUCACAAUGUGGAUCCUUCAGAAAGUACAGGCGGGAGCAGAAAGCCUACCAAUGCAGAUUAAUCACCUUAUCAGCAAAAAUAAAGAGGAGAUUUCAGCCAAGACCAGCAUCUUCAAUAAACUGCAUAGCAACGUCCUCACACCUGAUAAAAUUCCUGAAUUUUUUCUGCCGCCCAAGCUGACCAAGCGCUGCCUCAUGGCAGACACAGAAAAAAUCGUCCAAUGUCUGAAUGAAGAAAAAAAAGUUUUCAUCAGUUCAGCAAAAACAUCAUUGUCAAGACAUGGUACUGCCCAGUCACUGAGAGCGAGUCUAAACAAAUCUACAGCAGCCUUGAACAAACUCAAGCCCAUCCCAUAUUCACUGAAAUGCUACGAGUCUGGUUUAUUCGAGAGUCCGAACACACGUCGCAAAGAGUCUUUGUUCCAUUCAGCACUUACCGGUUACACACUGGAGCGAAUGACCAUCAAAACACCCAAAUUUUCCUGUAGAGCAGUUCUGAAUAUGGCCAGCACAGACAGUGACACUCCCUCUGCUGACUCCUCCCCUUAUUCCACUCCUCCACCAAUUAGAAGAGAGGAUUUCACCAGUGAACAGUCAUUCUCUGAAGAUCCAGUUCAGCAAGAUAUUUGUGCCUCUAAAUAUGAAAAAAAUAAAUUUCACUCCACUCCAGACAAAAAGUCAAAAGUGUAUCCCCGAGCUAAAGUUAUUCAAAUGUCCCGUUGCACCAAACUAGCCCCGCCCAUCCAGUUCCCACUGGACAUGCUGCACUGCCAGGAACGCUUCCAUCAGGAGCAUGUGCUUCCUCUUCCUCAGAGAGGCCGUGUGCGCAUAUCUGCUUUCAGGUCCAGUGCAGCCAGGUGCUCUACGACAAUUCGAAUCCGUGUAGUCUCUGUGGAAGGCUUGAGAGAUCCUGGUGACCCUCGACCUCUGACCUGCAGCUUGACCCUGAGCCUCACCCCAGGCAAGCUGCAGAGGCAACACAGUGCCAUCAUCAGGAACUGCCGUAACCCUGUGUUCAAUGAAGACUUCUUCUUCCAGGAGCCAGAGGAGCAGCAGGGCAGUCUGGGAGAUCUGGCCCUCAGACUGAAGGUUCUGGAUAAGGCGUCAGGACUGGGGAGAGGGGUGGCGCUGGGAAUUGUCAUCAAACCUCUCUGUCAGCUACUGCCACUGUGAGACACAAACACACAAGGAAACAUGCUCCAGAUUUGUAGUGGCUAUAAUAGAGCCCUAGUUCUAAAUUAGCAAGAAUUAGUGCUUUCGAGCCAUGAAGGAUUCUAUGCUGUGCUGACAUCAUGAUCAAAAAUGAUCUGGUUUAUUGACAUCGCAAACAUGUUUAAAAAACUGAUUUGGUAAAAAUGGUUGUUCAGCGUGAAGCCCCUAAAACCCGAAACACACCAAGCCGACGCCGACGAACUAGUGGCGAAGAAAGCAGACUGCGGGGUUGGCUCAAGUCGGCAGCGACUGGGUCCAAAG